AACCGGAUAAGUGCACAGAACAAAGCAACACGAUAUCCAAGAAAGCAGCAUCUCCCCCACUUUUCACAAUGCUCACGACACGACCAACAUCUCUCUGUGUCGGUUUCUUUCUUCUCUUCCUCUCUCUACCUCUCUCCACUCUCUCUCAACCCUCUAUGUCCUCAGACUCAGUCUACGACUCCUUCCUCAAAUGCCUCUCGGAGAAGACGAAAACGCCGCAAUCCCAAAUCGCCAAAAUCGUCUUCUCUCAAACCAAUCCUUCUUACACCUCCGUCCUCCGCGCUUACAUCCGCAAUGCCAGAUUCAACAAAUCCUCCACUCCCAAACCGACCAUCAUCGUCACUCCUCUCUCCGAGAGCCACGUCAGCGCCGCCGUCCUCUGCUCGAAGCCGUUGGAUUUCGUCUUCAAGAUCCGAAGCGGCGGCCACGACUACGACGGGCUCUCCUACAUCUCCGACAAACCCUUUUUCAUCCUCGACUUGUCGAACCUCCGCGACGUCUCCGUCGAUCUCGCCGAUCAAACGGCUUGGAUCUCCGCCGGAGCCACUCUCGGCGAGGUUUACUAUCGUAUCUGGGAGAAAAGCAAGACUCUCGGAUUCCCUGCCGGAGUUUGUCCGACGGUUGGUGUCGGAGGUCACUUGAGCGGCGCUGGGUACGGUAACAUGCUGAGGAAGUUCGGAUUGACUGCCGAUCACUUCAUCGACGCGAAGAUGGUUGAUGUAAACGGUGCCGUUUUGGACCGGAAAGCGAUGGGGGAAGAUCUUUUCUGGGCUAUCUCCGGCGGCGGAGGAGGAAGCUUCGGCGUCGUUUUGGGUUACAAGGUCAAGCUCGUGCCUGUGCCGGCGACCGUGACGGUGUUCCGGGUGGAGCAGUUAAUGGCUGCCGGAGCGGUGGACAUGGUUCACAAGUGGCAGUUCGUUGGUCCGAAAACCGACAAGAAUCUGUUCAUGAGGAUGCUGAUUCAGCCGGUGACGAGGAACAAGGUGAAGACGAUUAGAGCCACUGUGGUGGCUCUGUACUUGGGAAAAGCAGACGACGUCGUUUCGCUACUGGCUAAGGAGCUUCCUGAGCUGGCUUUAAAGAAGGAAAACUGUACGGAGAUGACUUGGUUCCAGUCUGCUCUAUGGUGGGACAAUCGCGUCAACGCCACUCAGACCGAUCCUAAAGUGUUUCUCGAUCGGAAUCUCGACUCCUCCAGCCCCGGGAAGAGGAAGUCGGACUACGUGGCGACAGAGAUUCCGAGAAGCGGGAUCGUGUCUCUGUUCAAUAAGAUGAUUGAGUUAGGGAAGAUAGGGCUCGUUUUCAACCCCUACGGUGGAAGAAUGGCGGAGAUAGCUGAGGACGCGACACCGUUCCCGCAUAGAAACAUGCUUUUCAAGAUUCAGUACUCUGUGAACUGGAAAGAAUCGUCUCCGGAGUUGGAGAAGGGUUACUUGAACCAAGCCAAAGUGCUUCACAGUUUCAUGACGGGUUUUGUGAGCAAGAACCCUAGAGGUGCUUACUUGAACUACCGUGAUGUCGAUAUUGGGGUGAAUGAUCAUGGGGAGAAUAGUUACAAGGAAGGAGAGGUGUAUGGAAGGAUGUAUUUUGGUAAAAACUUUGAUCGGUUAGUGAAGAUUAAAACAGCAGUGGAUCCGGGGAAUUUCUUCAGGAAUGAACAGAGUAUACCUACCUUGCCAAUUGCGAAGAGAACGGGGGUGACUGAGCGGGGGACGGCGAAACGGUGGUCAGGGGCCGGAGGAGCCACAAUAGUUGCAUCUGUGCUUUUACAUGUCUUCUAGAUAUUCUUGUUGUUGUUGACAUGAAUCAUUCAUUGACUAAUGGAGAAUACGGACAAUUUAUUCCCCAAGUAUUUGAAAUCGGCAAUUUUAAUGCUUAAGUA